AUGCUGAUCCUUUUAUCAACAGAACGUAGAGAGAGGAAACUUGCAAUUGUAUCGGAAUCAUACGCAUUACUCUUUUCUCCAGUGAAAGAUAAAAUAUCAAAGAAAUCUUCAUGUGCCAUCGAAUUGAUUCCGAAGGAACAACUUCAACAUCACAGAUUUAGAAGACUGUCUCCUCAUGAAGUUCAUGGUUUUAUUGGACUGUUAGAGAUCGAUGGACUAAUAUUCAUCGGUGUAAUCACGGGAAAGACAAAAGUUGCAUCUCCAAUACCUCAUGAAAUAAUUAAUAAGAUAUAUGCAAUUGAUUUCUUUUGUUUAAAUGAUAAUACAUGGGAUUUUAUUGAAUUGGAUCAAAGUGGGAAACCUAUCGCAGGUGAUAUGAAUGAUUUACAAGAACAACAAUUAUCUAGACACCCUUGUUAUGAUGUAAGGAAAUUGAUGUCAAAUGGUUCGUUUUACUAUAGUAAUGAUUUUGAUUUGACAACUACUUUACAAAAUAGAGGCUUUAAGAAUGAAGAUAAUUUGGUUAAUGAUGAUACUAUAGAAGAAGAAUAUAUGUGGAAUUCAUUCCUUAUGGAAGAAAUUUUGGCAUAUAGAGAUAGAUUAGAUUCUCAUACAAAACAUAUUGUGGAUAAUGAAGGGUUUUUAACAACUGUGAUACGAGGUUUCGCUGAAACGUUUGUUACUUAUAUUAAAAGAUUAAAAAUUGAAUUGACUGUAAUAUCAAAACAAAGUUGGAAAAGAGCAGGAACGAGGUUUAACGCAAGAGGUAUUGAUGAUGAAGGAAACGUGGCGAAUUUUGUAGAGACCGAAUUGAUAAUGUACUCCAAUGAAUAUUGUUAUGCGUUCACUCAAGUAAGAGGUAGUGUACCAAUAUUUUGGGAACAAGAUGCAGCAAUUAUGAAUGCAAAAGUUACCAUAACAAGAUCCUUAGAGGCUACACAACCUGUCUUUGAUGAACACUUUGCUAAAUUGAUAAGUAAGUAUGGACCUGUAAAUAUUAUCAAUUUAUUAUCCACUAAAUCAAAUGAAAUUGAAUUAUCAAGAAGAUAUAGAACUCAUUUAAAAAAGUCAGAUAAAUUAGGUUUUAAUAAGAAUAUAUUCUUAACAGAAUUUGAUUUCCAUAGAGAAACUGCUCAGGAUGGGUUCAAUGCUGCAAAGAACUUAUUACCUUUAAUUAAAGAUGCUUUAUUAACAGAAGGUUAUUAUUGUUAUGAUGUUCAAGAAGAUCAAAUAAUAUCCGAACAAAAUGGUGUCUUUAGAACAAAUUGUUUGGAUUGUUUAGAUAGAACAAAUUUGGUACAACAACUAAUGUCAUAUGAAUUAUUUAAAACUUUUUUACAUGAUGUGGAAUUAAUUACGCCAAGAGCGAAUGUCGAUGAAUCUGAUUUUAUCAAAAAACAUAAUGCAUUAUGGGCAGAUCAAGGUGAUCAAAUUUCACAAAUUUAUACGGGAACAAAUGCAUUGAAAUCAUCAUAUUCUAGAAAGGGUAAAAUGUCAUUAUCUGGUGCGUUAUCUGAUGCCAAGAAAUCUGUAAGUCGAAUGUAUAUUAACAAUUUCAUGGAUAAAGGUAAACAACAAAAUAUUGAUGCAUUACUUGGUAGAUUACCAAACCAAAGACCAGUUAGAUUAUAUGAUCCCAUUGGUGACUAUAUUAAUGAAGAGUUAUCUAAAAUGUCAGAUCAAUAUACUGCUACCUCUAAUAUGAACCUAUUGAUAGGUACUUAUAACGUGAACGGGAUGUCAAAAAGAGCCGAUUUAUCUAAAUGGCUAUUCCCAAUUGGAGAUAAAUUCAAACCAGAUAUCGUUGUAUUAGGUUUACAAGAAGUUAUCGAAAUGUCUGCUAGCGCAAUACUAAAUGCAGAUAAUACAAAGGGUUCAUUCUGGGAGUACGUAGUAAAGGACUGUUUGAAUCAAUAUGAUGAACAAUAUAUUUUGUUACGAGUGGAACAAAUGACUUCAUUAGUGAUACUUUUCUUUGUUAAAGCAGAUAAAGUUAAAAAUGUGAAAAGAGUAGAGGGUUCUACAAAGAAGACUGGAUUUGGUGGUAUGACAGGAAACAAAGGUGCUGUUGCUAUUAGAUUCGAAUAUGGAAGUACAUCAUUUUGUUUCGUGAAUGCUCACUUUUCUGCAGGUAACAGUAACGUUGAUGAACGUGCUAACGAUUAUUUAUCUAUCAAUAAGAAUAUCUCAUUUGCUAGAUCAAGAAAAAUCUUGGAUAAUGAUUCUGUUUUUUGGUUUGGUGAUUUGAAUUAUAGAAUUAAUUUAGCUAAUGAAGUAGUGAGAAAAGAAUUAGAAUUGGAAAGAGAAGGAUAUAUCGAUCGAUUGUUAAAGCAUGAUCAAUUGACUCAAGAGAUUGAUUCUGGUAUUAUAUUCCACGAUUACUGUGAACCUGCAUUACAAUUUCGACCAACUUAUAAAUUUGAUUUCGGAACGAACCUUUACGAUAGUUCCGAAAAACGAAGAACACCAUCGUGGACGGAUAGAAUAGUGUAUAGAGGUGCUAAUCUUCAUCCACUGGCGUAUUCUUCCGCACCAUUAACUAUUAGUGAUCAUAGACCGGUCUAUGCUGCAUAUAGAACUGAUGUAUCGAUAGUCGACGAGGAAAAGAAACAUGAAUUAUCAAAGAAAAUAUAUGAAGAAUUUAAAAUUAAGGAUGAUUCCGUGGGGCCUACCUCUUUAUUAAGUACUGACGAUGAUAUUGAGGAUAUAGAAUUGGAAGCAUACUUGGAACCAAUUCACAAAAGGUCUCCUUCUCCUCAUGUAACACCUGUUAAAAAUAUGCCUCCUCCAGUACCAUUAACAGCACAUUCUUCGUCUUCUAUUUCUUUAGUUUCUUUAUCUAAUAGAGAACCUCGUCGCAUUCCUGAUCUCCCAAAAAGAGAGAAUAGUAACAUAAGUAUAGCGCCUGUGCCACCGACAUCAAGAAGUAGACAAGGAAAUUAUAAGGACAAUACAAACCAACGUACCGAUUCAAAUUCUGAUGUGGAAAAUAUAGAAAGAGUCCCGAUUGUAGUAUCACGUCCACCUUCUGUGAAACCAAGAAGACAGGGUCUACCUGAGUCUCAUGAAGAUGACAAUACCAGCAUUAAUCUUCCAGAAUCAUCGGAAGGAAAAAAGAAAACACCUCCUAUUAUUCCAAAUAAGAAACAGAGUCUGGAGAAUGUUCCAAUAGAGGGGUUAACUAAAAAAGUUCCUCCUAUUGUACCAAAAAAGAAGGCUAGUCUGGGAAAUUUUUAUGGAGAUACGGUUGACGCUACUGAACAAUGA